CGCAAGUGGCCACUUUUAGCGGCACGAAAUGUUCAAAACAUGCUAGUUUUAUUUACAUUAAACGCUACUCGGCGCCGGUACUGUGGAGGCACAUACAAACACACACACAUGCAGACAGUCGCACCCUCAGCAAGUGCAGUACGGCGAAGCCGGGUCGGGUCAGUUGUGCAGUGUCUUCCGCGUAGAAUCCUUUCGUAACACGUUUUUCUGUGUGUUGAAGGAUGGGGCAGCUUAAAACCUUUCGCAUCGUGGGUUACAUCUAUGCCGUGUUGAUGAUCGUCGUCGCCAUAACGGUAGCGGUCCGCUGCCUAGUGUCCUUCGGUAGUGAAGAGGAAAAUAGCACAGUAUUGGCACUUAAAUCGAUUUUUGCGCUCUAUUGCUUUGCGUAUACUAUAAUGCUAAUGGUUGGAAUCGAAAGGGAAAAACCCGAAUACGUUAUCGUGUAUCGAAUAUUCGUUGGAUUCCGAAGCAUUUGUGGAUUGAUUUACAUGAUAAUAAAUUCACUUAUUGUCAUCGUUGAUCAUGCAAAUGCUGGUUCUACCGGAAAAGCAGUUCUCGAUGGACUUGUAUUGAUUGCUGCUGUAGUUAUAUUUUUUGGUGUCUUAGCACUUGAAUUGUUAAUAAUAGAAGGAAUCAAGCUAUCUACUGAACAAACGACAGAGGUUAUCAAAGCUCCUGCGGUAACUUCUGUUUAAAAAGAAAAAUCUAAUGUGGGUACUAGUAAUAGUAUUAUCACAAAACUACUGCCGUAGAAUAAACAUAUCUGUUGUAGAUCAUUGACCUGCAAAAAUUGGCAAAAAUCAGGUGUAUAGUAAACAUUCAAUACAUAUUCAAUAGUGUAUAGGUCUCAUAUAACAAAGCUGAAUGUAAACAGGUGAUCACCAAAUAUGUGAAUAUCAACAUGAAGAAAUUUCAGUGUCUUGAAGUUUCGUUAUUAGAAUAAUUGUCGGGUAUUGAACCAUUUUUGUUAUAUUGUUAUUUUAUCGAUCUA